UCUUCCUGAUCAUAUGACUCUUUGUUGAUUCGAGAUUUCAAGGUAACAGUAGCGUUUGUCCCUUCACACAACUUCGUUUUAAGGCCCUAACACAGAUUCCAGAGACGUAACGCUUAUUAGGUUGUCACAUUGCACCAAGAUGUUGUUGCCGACCGUCUUUCUAGUAUGUUUGAGCUACGCUGUAGCGGGACCCGCUUACAUGAAGUAUUUCAAGAUUGAAUCUGCCAUACCAGCGUACCCAGAGACCAAAGUGGACAAGGAUCCUCUCAUGAUGCCAGCUGGCACCACAAAGACAUACAAGCUCUCCUAUGACGAUUACGAAGAAACAUGGAAGGCUUUCAAAGAUACACAUGGUAAAGUUUAUGAAACUCCAGAGGAAGAAAAGAAACGGUUCUCCAUUUUCAUGGAGACUGUGAACUUGAUCGAAUGGCACAACUGGAGGUACCACAACAAGCGCUCCAGUUUCUGGAUGGACAUCAACCACUUCUCUGACCUGACCAAUGAAGAAUACCGGGUUCUGAAUGGUUUCAACAAAACCCGCUCCAGGCCUUUCAACCGUGACUGCAGUGAGUACCACCCAAAGACCAAGGAUGUUCCCUCUGCCAUGGACUGGAGGGAGAAGGGCUAUGUUACUCCCAUUAAGAAUCAGAAACAAUGUGGUUCCUGCUGGUCGUUCAGUACAACUGGGUCAGUGGAAGGUCAGUGGUUCAAGAAGACAGGCAAACUGGUCACUCUGUCAGAACAGCAACUGGUUGACUGCUCUGGUAACUAUGGUGACCAGGGGUGCAAUGGUGGUCUUAUGGACUAUGCCUUUGAGUACAUCAUUGAUGCAGGUGGUUUGGAAUCUGAGGAAAGCUACCCAUAUGAGGCUGAGGAUGACACAUGCCGAUUCGAGAAGUCCCGUGUUGUAGCUACCAUCAGUGCCUGCUCUGACGUUGUACCUCAAGAAAAUGAAAAGGCUCUUAAAGUUGCUCUCGGAAACAUCGGACCCAUUUCCAUUGCCAUUGAUGCCAGUAGUCCCAUGUUCCAGUCAUACAGUGGUGGUGUGUACGAUAACCCAGAGUGCAGUGAGACACAGCUUGACCAUGGUGUGCUGGCUGUCGGUUAUGGCAAUAUGGAUGGUCAAGACUAUUGGAUUGUGAAGAACAGCUGGGGCCCCACUUGGGGAGACAAGGGCUUCAUCUACAUGAGCAGAAACAAAAACAACCAGUGUGGUGUGGCCUCACAAGCCAGCUUCCCUGUGGUUUAAUGCCACCUCUCAAGCUUUCUGCUUACCAUCGGUGCCUCCUGGUGCUACCAGCCGAAAAGUUGAAGGCUUCGUGUGGAAACUAUUUUUCCUGUACACGGUUGGAUAUUUGUAUUUUUGAAAUUUCGUAAAAUUUACAAUUUUGAACUUGUCUCAAUCAAUUAAAAAGGCUAUUUUUAAAAAGCUUUUCAAAUUUUUAAAUUGAGAAAAUUAUGCUGUGGUGCAGGGCACCUAAUGUUAGAGAAGAGCUUAAAAAACGUGCCAAAGCAUGUUUUUGGUUGAUAUUUUGAUUGGAAAAACAUGGGCAGAGAAGAAUAAUUAAUGUCCUUGAGGUAACUUACCUGUCUGUGGAAACAGAAUUCAAUUCACAGAGUAAACCAUUGUUUGUCUUUCCUUGCUAUUGCAAUGAUCAAUGUGCAGACUAUAUGUUUCUUCUUCUCUCAGCAUAGUAUUUUGAUGACUAAACAGAUUACAUCCGUAUUUUUCAAUUGGUUCGUAUCUGUACACUUCCACAAAAAAAAAAAUCUUCCCUCAUCAAAGAUCACAGAAAUCUGCAUUUAGAUUUGUUACAGUACUUGUCAGCCAUUACACUAAACAUUCAUAUAUCGCACAUGAUGGAUUUACAUGAGUAGACUUUUUCAAGUACCGGUAUAAGUGGGUGGAUCCUCGCCCUAUUUUGUUUCCUUGGGUCAUUAUUUUUUUAGAUUCUCUAAGAUUGACAUUAGCUUUUGCUUAUUGGUUAUCAUCAAAUAUGAUUCUCUUUAUUUGCUCCUGAUCUUCGAGUUUGGUGGGGUUUUUUUUGUUUUUUUAAAAAGUAGCUUGUCUCUUUGAUUUAAAAUCAAAGACACUCGCCAUGUAUUUUUGUGCUCCUAAUUUGAAAGUACCAUAGCAGUUUUUGCUACCAGAAUCCUCACUCUUUUUUCUCUGUAUUACUAAUGAAACAUCUAUAAUCUCAGUCUUUAGAAGAAAUAUUCAGAUCUGAUCAGAAAACCAGGUGUGAAAAUCUCAUUCUCCUGCAAUGCCCAUUCUUACUGCAUUCCUUUAUAAAAAUGUGUAUACAUGGAAACUGUGUGAACUGAUGCAGUGCAGUGAGACAAGAAUGUAUUAAUGCUGAUCGUGCAUCGUACAGAAGAUAUUUACUGCAAAAUUUGAAUGUUUGCUCUGUUUUGCAAUUGCAGUGUUUGUUUGGGAAACUAUCUACUUAUUUUGUACAUCAAAUAAAUGUACAGGGUACGGAACCAGAACCUAUAACAAUAAAUUGUUAGAUUGAUCAAGAAAUUUCAACUCAAAUAGAAAUCUUUAGAAAAGCAUUUUGUCAUGAGAGAGGUUUUUGACAAGUUACAAGUUCCGUAAUCCUUUCAGAAUUAUUGUUUUUGCCGCUUAGGCUUGUUUUUAUGGAUGUGUGCUUGUUUGUUAUGCAAGGUGAAAUGAUGGCAAAAUUGAAAUGUCAUAAAAUUUAUGAGCUAGCCAAGUCAAAGAUACUAUUACUUUGACUGUUCAUUUCUUGAACAUUAACAUUUUUGGAAUGAUUGUGUUUUUACAUUUUUUUUUAAAGGGAGUUCUUUAACUCUAAGGUGGGCAGGGUAAUUUUCAGACUGGUGCCCCCAAAUAGUGAGUUUAUAGUUUAUUCUGGAGAAGGAUGUACUAGUUGCUUCUCUUUUCUCAGAUGAGAUGAAAGUUUUUUGGGGGUUUUUUCCUCGCUUUAUUUUUUAAUAAGAAUUUUUAUGUGUGUUGCUUUUGGAGAACAUGUCAUUUGAUCAGUGUAAAUAAAAAUUGUUUACUAAUAA